AUGGAGGUGUCUAUGCCCCUGCCUCAGAUAUAUGUAGAAAAACAUUUAGCCAUUAUCAAGCCAGAUGUUGUUGACAAAGAAGAUGAGAUACGCGACAUUAUUCUCAGAUCUGGAUUCACCAUCAUUCAGAGACGAAAACUACAUCUAAGCCCUGAGCACUGUAGUAACUUUUAUGUGGAACAGUACGGGAAAAUGUUUUUCCCAAACUUAACAGCUUAUAUGAGUUCUGGACCUCUUGUUGCUAUGAUAUUAGCUAGACAUAAAGCCAUCUCUUACUGGAAGGAACUUCUGGGACCACCUAAUAGUUCGGUAGCCAAGGAGACACACCCGGACAGUCUAAGGGCGAUUUAUGGCACAGAUGAGCUGCGGAACGCCCUUCACGGGAGCAACGACUUUCCUGCCUCCGAAAGAGAGAUUCGAUUCAUGUUUCCAGAAGUGAUUAUUGAGCCCAUUCCAACUGGACAAGCUGCUAAGGACUAUUUAAAUUUGUAUGUAACGCCAACCCUACUUCAAGGACUCACGGAGCUUUGUAAGAAUAAACCAGCAGACCCUUUUAGUUGGCUAGCUGAUUGGCUGCUGAAAAAUAAUCCCAACAAACCUAAACUUUGUCAUUUUCUAAUAGAAGAAGAGCCUUAGUGCACUCUGCAGGACAAGUAGUGAACUAUCUUACUGUAAAGAACUGUCCAUCUACUUUUUAAA